GAGCCUCAGAACCCCUUUCAUGGCCCAAAGAAGCUCACCUUGGCUCCGGGAGGGCUGGUGAACUCUGUCCUCUAUUCUCUUGGCUUCAGCCAGGCAUUGAACUUGCCCUCCCGCUCUGAUCUUGGCAGUCACCUUCGCAGAUGGAUUAAGACUGAAGACCCCCAGGGGCUCCAUCCCUAAGGGAAGCUUGAGAAGCAGAGCCCUGCCUCCAUUCCCUCCCUGGAUCACACCCCCCCAGCCCCCAGCGGAGCCGAAACGAUCCAGUCCGGAAUGAUCCCGCUAUGGCCAAGCUCUGGUUCAAAUUCCAGCGGUACUUCCGCAGGAAACCUGUACGUUUCUUUACCUUCCUGGUGCUCUACCUGACAGCUGGGAGCCUCGUCUUCCUUCACUCUGGUUUUGUGGGUCAGCCUGCUGUCUCCCAGAACCAGGCCAAUCCUGCUGCGGGGGCCCCAGCGGAGGGCGCUGAGCUGCCCUUUUUGGGUGACUUAAAUCUGGGCAGAGCCUUCCGGGAUACAGGUGAAACCUCGAGCAUCGCCCGCAGGUAUGGACCCUGGUUCAAGGGCAAGGACGGGAAUGAGAGAACCAAGCUGGGGGACUACGGGGGAGCCUGGAGCCGGGCCCUCAAGGGGAGGGUCAUUCGGGAGAAGGAGGAAGAGCGAGCUAAGUACAUCGGCUGCUACCUGGAUGACACCCAGAGCCGGGCCCUUCGAGGCGUGUCCUUUUUCGACUACAAAAAGAUGACUGUCUUCCGUUGCCAGGACAACUGUGCAGAACGGGGUUACCUGUAUGCUGGGCUGGAGUUCGGCGCCGAGUGCUACUGUGGCCACAAGAUCCAGGCGACAAACGUGAGCGAGGCGGAGUGUGACAUGGACUGCAAGGGCGAGCGAGGCAGCGUGUGCGGUGGCGCCAACCGCCUCUCCGUCUACCGGCUGCAGCUGGCCCAGGAGUCAGCCCGCAGGUAUGGAAGUGCAGUCUUCCGAGGCUGCUUCCGCAGGCCCGACAACCUCUCCCUGGCCUUGCCCGUGACGGCUGCCAUGCCCAACAUGUCUGUGGACAAGUGUGUGGACCUUUGCACAGAGAAGGAGUACCCACUGGCAGCCCUUGCGGGCACCGCCUGCCACUGUGGCUUCCCCACUACGCGAUUUCCCCUCCACGAGAGAGAGGACGAACAGCUCUGUGCCCAGAAGUGCAGCGCGGAGGAGUUUGAGAGCUGCGGGACACCCAGUUACUUCAUUGUGUAUCAGACACAGGUCCAAGACAACCGCUGCAUGGACAGAAGGUUCCUUCCAGCCAAGUCCAAGCAGCUCAUCGCUCUGGCCAGCUUCCCAGGUGCCGGCAACACAUGGGCUCGCCACCUCAUCGAGCUGGCCACCGGCUUCUACACCGGCAGCUACUACUUCGACGGUUCUCUCUACAACAAAGGGUUUAAAGGUGAGCGGGACCACUGGCGCAGCGGGAGGACCAUCUGCAUCAAGACGCAUGAGAGUGGCCAGAAGGAGAUCGAGGCCUUCGACGCGGCCAUCCUGCUCAUCCGCAACCCCUACAAGGCCCUCAUGGCGGAGUUCAACCGCAAGUAUGGCGGACACAUCGGCUUUGCUGCCCAUGCCCACUGGAAGGGCAAAGAGUGGCCAGAAUUCGUAAGGAACUACGCCCCGUGGUGGGCCACGCACACACUGGACUGGCUCAAGUUUGGCAAGAAGGUGCUGGUGGUGCACUUUGAGGAUCUGAAGCAGGACCUCUUCGUCCAGCUGGGCCGGAUGGUCGGCCUGCUGGGUGUGGCUGUCAGGGAGGACCGACUGCUGUGUGUGGAGAGCCAGAAGGACGGCAACUUCAAGCGCUCGGGGCUCCGGAAGCUGGAGUACGACCCCUACACGGCGGACAUGCAGAAGACCAUCUCUGCCUACAUCAAGACGGUGGAUGCGGCCCUUAAAGGGAGGAACCUCACGGGCGUUCCCGAUGACUACUACCCCAGAUGAUGGGUCGGAGCGGGGCGGGGAGCUGGCAGUCCAGACCAAGCAGGCCCUGGGGACUCCAGACCCCUGGGGGCCCACACCCAUCAGUCCCCUCUUCGAUUUGGGGACAAUCCCCUUGGCUGCGGUUGCCUUUCGCUGAGUUUCCUGCAUGACAAAGGAGGCUCAAGCGAAGAGAUUGUGCAGGCACGCCCCACCUACUCACACCGCGCCCCCAGAGAUGGAGGGGGCAACUGGUUUAGGGAGCUCUAGCCACAUGGACCCUUCUCUGUCUCC